AUGUUAUCUUCUGACUUUAAUUGCAGAGGUCCGGAUGGACGGUAUACCUAUCAGGAGGAUCACGAAUCGCAUCAAGGUCCCUCAGUUGCAACCUCUGAGCCACUAGCACCUACUUCAACAAUUACUCAGCCACCUGAACGAGAUGCUGCGAGUUGUGAUGACACGGCUGCCGAUUCAGGUCAACCAAUAAACGGACCCUUUGAUUCGGAACUGCUGUCUGCAGUUACGAGUCCAGACGAGAGACCCAGAGUAGCCCAUACGCAAAAUCCCACAUCACCAUCCACUGUUCAACCAAGUUUUGUGGGCGAAAGCUGGUACGCGUCCUACUUCAUGAGGGGGUUUGCUCCUGGCUGCACCAGUUUCCACCGCCCAAUCGAUGACUGCAAUCGAACAGUUCAAAACGUCUCCCGCGAUACACCUAGGCAAAACUGCCCCAGGAGGUCACCACAGCCACGGGGCCGAACCGAGCUAUCAGAUCUACCACGCCCCGACUUGAUGGACCGGCUCAUCCAUGCAUACUUUGACCGGUUUCAUGCCUUUUGCCCGAUUGUCGGAAAGGAGUUCUUUGCUGCUUCGCUUCAUGAUGGGACCGUAUCUGGAACUCUCCUGCGCUGUGUGCUCUUCGUCGCUUCUCUGCAUUGCGAUGUGGAGAUACUGCAUGUUAUGGGUCACAGCACUCGAUUCGAUGCUAAUUCCGAUCUCUUUAACAAGGCCAGUGCAUCAUUCGACGAGGAUACACAAUCUGACCGGACCAGCAUGGUCUUGUCCUCAUAUUUACUCCACUACUGGUUCGGUAAUCCUACCUCCUACCGUGAUUCGCAUUGGUGGCUUGCAGCUGCCAUCAGGUCGGCCCAGUGCAUGGGCUACCACAGGAGUACCAAGGAUAGCCAGAUGCCGCCCCAGGAAAGGCUGAGAUGGAAGCGCAUAUGGUGGUGCCUCUAUAUCCGCGAUCGGCAGACAUCCCUCUCUACUGGCAGCCCCAUGGUCAUUAAUGACCUCGAUCACGAUGUCGAAGAGCUAGUGAUGAACGAUUUGUCAGACGAGACUCCAGAGACAGCAAGGUAUAUAAUCUCACAGAUGGAGCUGAACAAGACCGGCGGUGACACUAAGCCGAUUCUUGAUGCUGCUCUUCAAGUCUUUGGUCUGGUGGAAGACUCGCUCCUGUACUGGACGCCAGAGUAUUUCCCCAUGAUUUAUGUUUCUGCUCUAUUCUCUGCCAUGAUAGCUGUCGCUGCUGAUGGUAGCAUGUCCCCGCCCAGAAGCGACCAACUCCUCUGCAAGAUACGCCCAGGUCUGCUGGCCCUGAAGCAGUUCGAGUCAGUCUACAAUCUGGCUCGAUGGAUUCGGAAUUUCUUUAUGGAUAUCUUAAAUCGUUCCGAGCCACACACUGGCGACAAGACUGCCCGUGACCAAGGACUGAUCCCACCACGCCAUGUUCAAGAUGGUCAACCCAUAACACCUGAGAGUGUCGCUCAAGCCCCUGCGGAGAACACUGUAGCAGAUACUCCAGUAACGGCGGAGCAGCCUGAUUACUCGACCCCAAGUUUAAAUGUCGAAGACGCAAGCUUUCUAUUCGGGCAUGAUACCCGUGAGGAUGAGUGUCAUCACCCAGAACUGACACGCGUUGGUGGAUUCUGGCCGGCAUCCCUGGUGACGGGCAUCUUUUCUGGGACUCAUAACAGCGAUGUGAUGGACUUCCCCCAACCUGAUUCCAUUCAGUAUCAGGCCAUGCACUUUUUAGCCGACUUGGGCAUAGCGAGUUCAGAUUGUGUGUAA